GAAGACUAAUGGCGGGGAGCUCUUCCUGCGUUUAUGCGGGGGACCCCUGCUCUGUCCCUGUGAUCUGGAUGGAGCCAGCGGUCAUAUAAAUUUUGCCAGCCGAUUUCGCUGACAGAUUCGACUCAACUCCAAGUCAGUGCUUGGUCCGACUAACGUAUCAAUUGAGUCAGUCGAAACUCCAAUUCCUCUUAUUUUCCUCUCCUGCAUCGAGUCUAUAGAGGCGGAUGAUAAAUUGAGAACCUUGUGGCACCCACUUCUGCUGUCGACCAGCCCGCAUCGAAGAGAAGAUGAUGUCGACCAGCCUUUUCCGGGCCGGAGCUCCCAGAGCUCUGGCCUCGAGCCGGGCCCUGCCAUUGAGGCCUUAUGCGCGCCUCCUCUCGACGACGUGCGCCCGCCGGGCCGAGGAGAAGAAGCUCAACAGAGUCUCGUCCUUCAUCACGCAGCCCAAGUCACAGGGCGCCUCCCAGGCCAUGUUGUACGCGACCGGGCUGAGCGAUGAGGACCUACAGAAGCCGCAGGUCGGCAUCUCCAGUGUGUGGUACGAGGGCAACCCGUGCAACAUGCACCUGAUGGACCUCUCGAAGCUGGUGCGCGACUCGGUGGCCAAGGCCGGGAUGGUGCCCAUGCGGUUCAACACCAUCGGCGUCUCGGACGGAAUCAGCAUGGGAACGACGGGGAUGCGCUACUCGCUGCAGAGCCGGGAGAUCAUCGCCGACAGCAUCGAGACGGUCAUGAACGGCCAGUGGUACGACGCCAACGUGUCGCUGCCGGGCUGCGACAAGAACAUGCCGGGUGUGCUGAUCGCCAUGGGCCGCGUCAACCGGCCGAGCAUCAUGGUCUACGGCGGUUCCAUCAAACCGGGCUGCAGCAUGAAGGGGGAGCCCAUCGACAUCGUCAGCGCUUUCCAGGCCUACGGCCAGUACAUCUCAGGCGAGAUCGACGAGAAGCAGCGCUAUGACAUCAUCCGGAACGCCUGCCCCGGCGGCGGCGCGUGUGGCGGCAUGUACACGGCGAACACCAUGGCGUCCGCCAUCGAGACGCUCGGCAUGACCCUGCCCGGGAGCAGCAGCAACCCGGCCGAGAGCGCCAGCAAGAGGGCCGAGUGCGAGAGCAUCGGCGAGGCGGUCAAGAACCUCCUGAAGGAGGACAUCCGGCCGAAGGACAUCCUGACGAGGCAGGCGUUUGAGAACGCCAUGAUCGUCGUCAACAUCCUGGGAGGCAGCACGAACGCGGUCCUUCACCUCAUCGCCAUGGCCGACUCGGUCGGGAUCAAGCUGACGAUCGACGACUUCCAGGCCGUGUCGGACCGGACGCCCUUCCUGGCCGACCUCAAGCCGUCGGGCAAGUACGUCAUGGAGGACGUGUACAAUAUCGGCGGCACGCCGGCACUGCUCAAGUUCCUCCUGAAGGAGGGCAUCCUCGACGGCUCGGGCAUUACGGUGACGGGCAAGACGAUGAGGGAGAACGUGGAGAAGCUCCCGGGCUUCCCCGACGACCAGCCCAUCAUCCGGCCGCUGAGCAACCCGAUCAAGGCGUCGGGCCACAUCCAGAUCCUGCGCGGGUCGAUGGCCCCUGGCGGCGCGGUCGGCAAGAUCACGGGCAAGGAGGGCCUGCGGUUCGAGGGCACGGCGCGGUGCUUCGACGAGGAGGACGCCUUCAUCGGGGCGCUCGAGCGCGGCGAGCUGAAGAAGGGCGAGAAGACGGUCGUCAUCAUCCGGUACGAAGGACCCAAGGGCGGACCGGGAAUGCCGGAGAUGCUCAAGCCCAGCUCGGCCAUCAUGGGCGCGGGGCUCGGCAAGGACGUCGCGCUGCUGACCGACGGCCGCUUCUCGGGCGGCAGCCACGGGUUCCUGAUCGGGCACAUCGUGCCCGAGGCCAUGGAGGGCGGGCCCAUCGCGCUGGUGAGGGACGGCGACAGGGUCGUCAUCGACGCCGAGCAGCGCGUCGUCGACCUCGAGGUCGCGCAGGACGAGCUGGACCGGAGGAGGAAGCUGUGGAGGGCGCCCGAGCCGAGGGCCAAGAGGGGCACGCUCAAGAAGUACGCCACCCUGGUGAGCGAUGCGAGCAGCGGGUGUGUGACGGAUCGGUAGGUUGUUGGAGUGGUCGACGCACGGUUGGAGACUGAGAGCAGGUUGAUAUUAGGUUGUUUUGGGGAUCUGUACACGGGGGAUUUAAAGUAGUUCUGUAGCCGGGAUCCGGAAAUCCAAAGGCGCAAUCAAAAGGGUCUUGUUAUUUUUGACAAUUGGUUCGAGAAAACAAACUAUCUACACUACUAGAG